AUGAAGGCUGUUUCGAUUCUUUACUUCCUCACUGUGGCCUCUGCCAUGUCCAUUCAGCCGAGACAAUUCGGCGGACGAUUCCGUGGAGGGUUCGGCGGAGGUGGCAAUUUUGACAACGGUGUUGCUCCAGUCAAUGGCAACGUGCCACAGAACGACAACGGCAACGCUAAUGUCCCGCAAAAUGGUAACGGCGGCAACGGCAAUGGAAAUGGCAAUGGCAACGAUGACGCCAACGGUGAUGCCAACGGUGAUGCCAAUGGGGAUGCCAACGGUGAUGCCAACGGGGAUGCCAACGGGGAUGCCAACGGGGAUGUUCCGCAAAACAACGACGGCGGCAACAACAACAACAACAACAACAACAACAACAACAACAACAACAACACCGGAGCCGAUGGCGGCGCAGCCGACGAUACUACCAAUGGAGGCGGCGCAGCUAAUGAUGCUACCAACGGAGGCGGCGCAGCUGACGGCACCACUGACAAUGAUGGCACAGCUGGCGAUAAUACCAAUGGAGGCGGUGAUCAGGCAGCCAAUGGCCAGACGGUUGUCUUUACCGAAAUCGGUGGCGUACCGGGCAAUGAAUGCCUCACCUUCCGCAACAACGGCGAAAUCGUCGAUGCCGCAUGCGUCAACGAAGCCAUCGACCGUCAAAUCACUCCAUCUGCUGUCAACGGUGCGAAUGCGCUCCGCGUUCAGCGAACAUUCACAGCGGGAUUCAGACCUGACCUUGUUGACGUUCAGGCUUGCGUCGGAUUCAAUGGAACGCAUUUCCGUGCUGAGGAUUGCAAUGCGCAGGGUAUUGAGCUGGUCACUUUCAGCAACGGCGAGUUGAGGGCUUCUGGAGGCGCUUGUGCUAGUGGUCACGAUGAUCUGGCGCAGAUGACGGUUGAUGCUGCAGGAAACACUUGUGCUACUUACACGACAACCAAUGUUCAGCCUGCGGCCGCAUAA